GAGCGGCGGGAGCGGGGCCGGGCGGGAGCGGCCGGGAUCCCCCGGGAGCCCCCGGGGCCAGCGAGGCGGCCAUGCCGAGCAAGAAGAAGAAAUACAACGCGCGCUUCCCGCCGGCGCGGAUCAAGAAGAUCAUGCAGACGGACGAGGAGAUCGGGAAGGUGGCGGCCGCCGUGCCCGUCAUCAUCUCGCGGGCCCUGGAGCUGUUCCUGGAGUCGCUGCUGCGCAAGGCGUGUCACGUGACCCAGUCCCGCAACGCCAAGACCAUGACGACGUCACACCUGAAGCAGUGCAUCGAGCUGGAGCAGCAGUUCGACUUCCUCAAGGACCUGGUGGCCGCCGUGCCCGACAUGCAGGGGGACGGCGACGACGGGCACGGCGACGGGGACAGGGCGCCCCGCAGGGGGCGCCGCCCCGGCAGUGGCCGCAAGAACGGGGGUCCCGGGGCCAAGGGGACCCCGAAACAGUCGGGGACAGACUCGGAGCAGGAGGAGGACUCUGAGGACAGCGACAGCGAUGGGGACGAGGAGACCCCGGCCCCGCCCCCGGCCCCGCCCCCGCUCACCUUCACCAGCCCCGGGGUCCCCUUCGCCCCCCUGGGCCCCCCCUCCCUCCCUGGGGGUCUCCCUGGGGGGCUCCCCCCGGCCCCCGGCCCCCCCCGCGCCCGCCACGAGGAGGAGGAGGAUGAAGAUUACGACUCCUAGCGCCCCCCCCCCCCGUUUUUACCGAUUUCUCCAGAAUUUCCCCCAAUCCGGGCUCGGGCCUGGCCCCAGUUUGGAGGGGCUGGGGGGCACUGGGACCCCCCCGGACGCAGCCGGGACCCCUUUUUGGGGGUGGGGGGCUC